AUGAUAAGCAAGAAUUUAGUUAUGAAUUUGAAAUUAGAGCCACUGAUACUGGAUCUCCGCUCGGAUAUAACACAACCAAAGUGUAUAUUACAACAUAUGAACAGCUCUCCGAAUAGUGUCUAUACUAUUGAAAUAAGCGCUUGGAUUGGGCAAGAAGUGGGUCCUUCGAGUCAACAAUUUUAUAAAUACACGAUUGACAGCACCUGUAAGUGCGGACCAAAUCCCGAGUGCAAAGUCUCCGACGGUGUCUGUGUUUGUCCGCACGGAAUACUCGGUCGGUAUUCCUGCACUCAAUCCACUCCCUGUCCACUCGACUGUCAAAAUGAAGGCAAUUGUAUUUACGCUGACAAUGGAAAACCCAGAUGUGUUUGCAAACACGGCUUUCAGGGACAGACAUGUGAUAUGAAAAGCCGCAUUGUAUGGCAUGAGAUUGGUUUUAACGAGAAGAUCCUCCAUCCCUGUCCUUAUGGCUCUAUGAAUAAUAUGAGUGCGAGUCGUAUCUGUUUAUUACAACCCAAUGGCACAGCGUUUUGGUCUACCGUCGAUGACAAUCAUUGUUUAGAAAAGAUUAAAAUGACGACAACUACUGAACCGCCGAUGAGUACGACAUCGAUAUCAGUGAUAGAUCUGCUAUCGAGAGAUAUUGUCCGCACAGUCGCCACAGACACUAUCAGAUCGACACAACUUCUGGUCGCUGUCGACGACUUCUUAACUAAUGAUAGAGAGACACAACAACUCAAUGAAAAUAUAGAUCUCGAUUUCUUGACCGCAAAAUGUGUUUUCUGGGAUGAAUUGCACCAAAACUGGUCCACAAAAGGCAUUCAAACCGAACCCAAUGCCAAGAAUAAGUCGAUUACAUGUCUUUCGUCACAUUUGACUGCAUUCUCAGUACUCUUUGAUUUAACUCCUUAUGAGACCAGAGAAGAGGACAUUGUCUUAUCGAUUGUCACGUCAAUCGGUUGCUAUCUAUCCGUUUGCGGACUUAUUCUCACUCUAAUCACGUAUACAUUAUUCCGAUUUCCCGAAGCGAGAAACGCUUGGAUCCAAUUCUUCACUUCGGGUACACUUAAGAAAUACAGAGGCCAAAGACAGCGUUUGCACGGCUCUAAUGGCACCAAUAGAAUGAGUGCAUCCGAUAAGAAACCCAUUGACACGGAAUCUUCAUUUUCGAUGGCAUAUAAUUCCGAGUCCAAGACAUCGAAACCCUUUCUCUCGCCCGACGAGUCCGAUGUCAAACAUUUUACUACUUAUGACUCCAUCAGAGUCUCCAACGAUAAACCAAUCGAUACUUAAAUUGAAAUCACUAUAAAUAUUAUGGUCUCUCUAAUCAUUAAUUAUAUAUUUAGAUAUCAUUACAAUGACUGUCAAUGAAAUUGUUUAUAAUUAUAUUUAAAUAUAAUUUGAAAUCUCAUUAUACAUAUCAUACUUAUAUAUUAUAUUUUAUUAUCAUUUAACUCAUGUGGGUAUUAUUUUUAAUGCACUCACAAAUUUACCUUUAAUUUAUUUAAAAUUAAAUAAAUAAAACAAAAUACUAUUUUAACGACACAAUC